GCGGCGUUAGGCUUAAAUUCAAACAGAAUGUCGGAUUUGAUCUGGAUGUUCACUUUAUUUUCGAUAUUUACUGUAAGAGCCAACUGUAAAGCAGCACUGGCAACAAAUCGACAAAUAAUUGUUGAUAAGGAUUUUAAAAGUAUAUCUGUGGGUGUGCCCACAUUUGGAAAUAUUACAAUCAAGUGGUUGUUAGGACAACCAAAUUUUGAAAGAAUUGUCAUUGCAAUGAGCAAUGCAUCCAAUGUCAUUGGAAGAUUAAAGGAUGGAAAUUUCCAUUGCUACAAUGAUGGAUUAUUCACUAAGAGAAUGUGCAGGGAACAUUUCCAACUGACUCUGAAUGGAUCAGGGGACCUCAUUAUUGCCAUUACUAAUCUCUCACCUCCAUUUUUUGGACGUUUCCUUAUUUCUGUAUACAAUGGACUGGACUCUGAAAUAGACACCUUAUGGUUUACUGUCCAUGAGAAAGCGGGAACAGCAACACCCUCAACAGCUACCUCACCCACAGGUGUGACCAGCUGCAACAAUGAAACUACAGGUAAACCAAUGGCUACAGAGGCUACAACUCCAGGCACCGAAAGUAAGGUUAUCAUUGGUGUUUCCAUCAGUGUUCCCAUUGUGGGUGUAGCAGUUUUGGGCUGUAUAUUUUGGUGUUACUGUUGCCACAAAAGACAGAGGACAAAGAGUGCUGAGCUAUUGACGACUGCAGAAGGAGUAGAGCUCAGGGAAAUUAUUUCCCCUGCUUAAUAAUAAAUGUACUUAUGAUAGAGCAGCACAUCCAUCUUUACUCAUGUGGUACUUCUACAAGCUAUUUUAUUACAAUUUUUUAUUAGGUACUUCUCAGAAGUUAACAGAUCACUUCAAGUGCAUAUGUUUUUUUUAAUCAGAUAGGGUCAAGAGAUUAUGCAAUGUCUUACUUAAGGUAAACGGUAACUUAAGGUAGAUUGCAAGGACUGCAAUACACUGCAGAAACAUGUUGCAGAGACAAAUCUUCGUAGGUAAAAAUGCCCAUUAAUUCUUUUGGAAAGCCUUAUUCUUGCUAUUAUAGUAAUUUUGUUUGCAGAACAAGUGAUACAAAUUUAAACUGUUUUGCAAUUGGAUUCAAGCAUUUUAUGGCACUUUUUUAGAUGACCUUUACUGGACCACAAAUUUUAAAGCAGUAACAAUUUGUUGGGGUGACUUGUUUUUAAAGUGUCCUGGAGGAUUAUACUUCCUUAAUUUAUUUUUUCAUGUAUUUAUAAAGACCACAUUUGAUGUAGGUAAUCUGACUAUUAGAGUAUUACGCUUGAAUAAGCAACUGUAAAAAAGAUGUAACUUAUAUUAAGAGUUUUUUUCCCUACAACUCAAUGGGUAAAUUUCAAUCAGUUUGUUCCAAAUUGUCAGACUAUAAGGCUAUGGAUUAAUUAUAUUUAAUUAUUCAAUGUGUCAUUCAACGUGUCAUGCACCGAAAGAAUUGUUAUAUUUGUCGUCAUUAUUGUGAUUUACUUGGUCUAUACUCUUACUGCCAAGGAUAUUCAUCAUCACAGUGAUGAAAAUUUGUUGUGGACUGAAAAUGGCUUGGUCUUAGUUGAAAAUUAAAUUUCCCUCGUAUGAUUACUACAGAUUACGAAACAUUUUAGGAAAAACAAUUUUACGAGGUUAGGGAAAAGAGAGUCGAUUUUAUGGUGAGAUAAUGAAAAUUGAGAGGAAUGAAAAGGUCAGGAGAAACUGAAGUCAUCAACCUGCUAAUUCAAGACAUGUAUUGACAUUAUAUAGAUGGCGGAAAGAAGGUUUUUAAGUUUUAAAUGAUAAAAUUUGUUCUUCAUGAAGACUUUUUUGAUGUUUUUGGUUAGCUAGGAUGCUGCAGGUGGCCCUAACCUGCACAAUGAGCCUUAUGUAACUGAUAAGUAUGUACAUGUUUGUGUCGCACGAAGGGUUAAUAUAAUGGGAUUGGGGUUAGAAGGUAAUUUUUAACUUUCUGAAUUUUUAUCAUGUAGUCUCAAUUUUACAUAGGGCCCCUUUUGAUACCAGCCUCUGGUUGAUAGGGCUACCCUGCCUAAAUGAAGAUGACUUGACUAAUAAAAACAGACUGUGAUUUCUUGCCCAUA